AUGCCUACCCAUGAACUUGGCAACAAUUGGUUUGGAAGAGAAACUGUUCUGAAGUGUAUUGGUUAUGAGGCUCGUAUUGAUUAUACAGCUUCUUCCCAUUCAAAACUAUCUUACCAUUGCCAACAAUUUGGGCAUUUUGCCAGAAGCCUGAGACUUCAAAAUGUGUUUUGCAUCGCAGAAACAUGUGAGUUAUUAAAGGGAAGCAAGCUGCAAAGCAUGGUUUUGCGGGGAAUUAAAUCUGAAGAACACGUGAAUGGAGCAUGCAAGCUUUUGAGACAGAACAAAGAGACAUUGUCAUUCCUUGAAUUUUUCCAUUGCAAGUUCUCUUCAACUGCUUUGGGUGCAAUUUGUGAUUCACUUUACAGAAAGGGAAUUGAGACACAUGGUAUUCGGUAUUUCUCAAUUAAAGGAUCAAGCAUUCUUGAAAACAGCCCAGUUUCCAUACCUUCUGGGUUUUCGUCUUUUCUCUCAUCAGGGAGGUCUUUACAUUUGGUCAACUUUUCUGAGAAUCGCCUGGGUCCAAAUUUUGCGAGAAUGGUUUUUGAUACCCUUCUUGAUGCUUCAUCAGAUCUGUCUGUCCUUGACCUUUCAGACAAUAAUAUUGCAGGCUGGCUAUCCAAAACUAACUGGAGAUUCUCAACUUGCUCCUCAUCAUCCUUUGGAAUAGGGAAAUCCUUGCAGUCGUUACGUGUUCUGAAUCUUAGGGGAAACAAUUUGGGUACGGAUGAUGCAGAUUGCCUAAAAUAUGCACUGGUCUGUAUGCCUAACUUAGAAAGUUUGGAUAUAAGUGACAAUCCUCUUGAGGAUCGUGGGAUUAGGAGUCUUAUCCACUAUUUUGUCGAGGCUUCUGAAAGAGAGACUCCCUUAGUUGAUUUGAAGAUGGAGAAUUGCGACCUCUCCAGCAAUGGAGUGGCUGAAGUUCUAAGAAGUCCUGCAACCUUGAGGAAUUCAUUUCACUCCCUUUCUGUUGCAAACAACAGCCUUGGCAGUCUAGUGGCACCAGCACUGGUAAAAUUUAUGGACACAUCCUAUGUAAGAAUGCUCAAUAUUGAAGAUAUUGGUCUGGGUCCUUCUGGCUUCCUAGAACUACAAGAAAAUAUUCCAGAGGAAGUAAAACUUGUUCACCUCAACAUAAGCAAGAAUCGUGGUGGAAUCGAAACUUCCAAUUUCAUCUCAAAACUCAUCUUACGGGCUCCAGAACUCAUUGCAGUCAAUGCAGGGUAUAAUUUUAUGCCCAUUGAAUCAUUAGCAGUUAUGUACUCUGCCUUGAAAGCUUCAAAAGGUAAACUAGAGCGACUGGACUUGACAGGAAAUACUCGGUGCCAUGAGCGAGCUUGCAUUUCACUGCUUGAAGAGUUCCAAGUUCAUGGAAGGCCCAUUGUGAUUUUUCCAUCAUUGCAUGAUUCAGUGGCACCUUAUGAUGAUGAUCCAUGAGGACAUGGCCAUUCAAUAUUUAUUUGAAAAAUCCAUCAUAAGGGAGUGUUACUUCAAAAGAUAUUGGUGAACUUGUGGAACCAAGAGUCCUGGUAGUAGAGUACAACCAUAGUGGUGACUCCACCCCCUGGGGUUUAAUUGAAUCUAUAUUGAAGAACCCAGCAAAAACAAAACACAUACAAUCAGAAGUUUGUCUUUGAGACCAACCACAGCCACAUAAAAAAAAGGCAGGAGCAAAAGAGAAAAGAAAAUGGGAAGUAUAGAAGGCAAACAAAAUUGAUUUGUCUCUAAGUGCCAUUUCACGAUCUGGGACCCACUUGAAUGUGGUGUGUUAAGUGGACAUAAGGAAUCAUGCCCUGCUUAUAAAAUGAAUAGACCGCCAUGGCCCCCUUUCAAAACUAUUAGAAGAUUAGCAAUUAGCUGUCUGUAAAUUCACUUGUAAGUUGUUACUGUUAAAUUAAUUGUUUAAUUUGUUUACAAUUUGGAUGGUUGUUGCUUCA